AUUGCCGCAAGAACGUGCGGACCCGCAGAAACCCACCGACGAUGCGCUUAUCGAAUCUCGUCAUACCUCGCCUCAUUUUUGACUGUUCAGUCUUAUUGGCAUGAAAGGUACACGAGUCACUCACUUUCUUUCAAUAAACCUCUUCUGAGCUUAUCCUCUUGAGUCCGCGCGCAGAACAUGAGUAACUCAAACCUCGUCGCGUGGGCAGUUCCUCGCCUGGCCCAGCUCUUGCCACUGGACGAGGAGUCCUUGACACAGAUUGUCACUUACUCUGCCGGUCUUCCAAAGGAAGAAGGUGCCGAGCAUCUCAAAAACCUCCUCGGCGACUCCCCGGCAGCCUUCGAAUUCAUCGCCUCCUUCAGUGCCCGACGAGACCAAAACCAAACGCAACCCCCAGCUCGAGGCGGCGAAGAGCAAUCCGCAGCGGCCGACGCAUACACCACUGACAAUGUGAAUUCUGGGACAAGAGCCGGAGCAAAGAGGGGCAAAAAGCCCAAAGCGCCACUUCACAGCGCGGGGCCCGUACGCAGGCCUGAGAAUUUCGGGAAUGUGGCGGGAGGUUAUAGGAAGGAGGAUCAGGAUGAGGAUUACAUGUCAGCUGGACCGGCGCGGCAGGCGAGACAGGAUACAGCUACUUUACGGCCAAAGGGUUCAGCUUCCUCGCUACAGGUUCCGCAGCGUCAGAACGCUUUGUCCUCGCUUGAGUCGUCCGCCGCGUCGUCACGUACGCAAUCCCCCGCGCCGCGGUCAGGUACUCCUAAGAACCCACCGUCCGCAUCGGGACCGGUACUCUCAGAUCUCCUGCCCAACGUCAAGUCGAAAGCUGCCAAGUCAUCUUCCCGGCAACACGGAGGCGGAGGCUCAGCCACCGGAGCCUCAUCUAAAGGAGCGCUUACAACGAACAACAUCUCCGACCUGACGGCCGCGAUUGCCGCUCUCGAAGUCUCUACGAACCCGACCCUAGGUAGUGGCCGGCAAAAAUGCAAUUGCUACGCUACGAUCCACCCGCUCUUCGAACCGGCCCCGAACUGCCUGAACUGCGGCAAGAUCAUCUGCUCCCUCGAAGGUCUCCAGCCAUGCUCAUUCUGCGGGACGCCGCUCCUAUCAAACGAAGAAGUACAGAGUAUGAUACGGGAGCUGCGCGCGGAGCGCGGACAGGAGAAGAUGCGGGCUCACAAUGAAAGUGUCCACCGGGAGGGCGGGCCAGGCCCGACUCCCCUGGGAAACAGCAAGCUUGACGCCGCCAAGGCGCACCGUGAUAAGCUACUUCAGUUCCAGGCGCAGAACGCCAAACGCACACGGGUCGUGGACGAGGCUGCGGAUUUCGAAACGCCAAAUGUGGCGUCUACGAUGUGGAUGAGCCCGGCCCAGCGGGCGUUGGCACUGAAGAAACAGCAGCGGAUACUCCGGGAGAUGGAGGAACAGGCGCGGCCGGAGUGGGAGAAGAAGAAGACUGUCAUGAGUCUGGAUAUCAAGGGCGGCCGCGUGACCCGAGUGUAUCAAUCUGCCGCGCCUGCGGAGUCGAGCUCGGCCGCAGAGGAGAAAGACGAGGACGUCGGGGAUGUUGCGCACGAAGAGUCGAAACCAAGUGGCGGUGAAGCUUUCAGUCGGAACCCACUACUGGCAGCUGGCGGGCUGCUACGGCCCGUUUGGAAGGCUGCGGAAGACAAGCAGGCUGAAGGGACGGCUACAAAAGAACGCAAGCAGACAUGGCGGCGCGUGCAGGACGACAACGAUGACAACGAACAAUGGAUUCUCGAUGGUGGAUUGCACGGCUAUACCACUUAGUUUCGGAAUAGCACCUAUCACCUAUCACCCAUGUGGAACCAAAUCCUCGUCUGCACGGCAGAAAAUGGGCACGCCUCGAACUGUCGCACACAUCCUCCAUUCACUGCUUUGCCAAUCGUCGGUCGAUAGCGACGACUUGCUCGGUUCCAUCAUAAAGUGCGGCGUCGCUGCUGUGUAGCGGUAUACUGAUGGAGUAGUGUAAUUCUCCGCGCCUAUUGUUGCCAAAUACCCGCAUUACUCCGCGAUCCACUUCACUGGGUGCUGGAGGUCUUCUAUAAUCCAGCUGAGGUCGGAUAUCGGCGGUUGUCUUCAAUGAGUAGUGGAUACGGUCUCGUCUAGCCGAGCUAUUUCGGGCUGGAGAUACAGCGCACCAUCAAAUGGUGACUGAGAUUACUGUCGGCAUUAGCCUGACAAGAUGAAUAGAAGCAUAUUCGCGUGGUAAAUAUGUAUGCACCGAUAUCC